AUGAACUCCACAAAGAUCUCCGAGCUUCUUCUCCUUGGAUUCCCGACUCUUUAUAAUUAUAAGUUUCCUUUCUUCUGUAUUGUUCUUUCUAUGUAUUGUAUGACUAUAUGUGAGAACCUCCUGAUCAUUCUCCUGGUGUCCACAAGCCAACGUCUCCGUUCUCCAAUGUAUUUCUUCCUUGGACAUUUGGCUCUGUCAGACGUAUUCCUUGUGACAAGUGUUGUUCCUAAGUUGCUGGAUGUUAUCAUAAGGGAAGGGAGUGUUAUAUCUUUUGUUGGGUGUUUAACUCAGUUUUACCUCUAUGGUGGAGCAGCCUGUGCCGAGUGUUUUUUGCUCACAGCCAUGUCCUAUGACCGGUACUUGGCCAUUUGUAAACCGCUACACUAUACAGCAAUAAUGAGUGUCCAGCUUAGAUACAUCCUGGUCAUCUCCUCCUGGGCACUUAGCUUUACAUUUGUACUUAUAACACUCAUACUUGUAUGUGACUUAGACUUCUGUGGGCCAAAUUUGAUAAACAACUUCUUCUGUGACUUUGCUCCACUUUUAGAACUUUCUUGCUCAGACACCACAGUUGUGGGUAUUGACAUUUUUAUCCACUCUAUUCUAAUAGUUCUAUUACCGUUCUUAUUUAUUAUUAUAACUUAUGUUCAUAUCUUUAUCACCAUCUUUGGAAUUUCCUCCAUAUCAGGCCGGCAAAAAACCUUCUCCACCUGUAGCUCUCACUUGGCGGUUGUCUCUAUCUAUUAUGGGUCCAUGCUCAUGAUCUACAUGGUCCCUCAGAGAGGACAUUCACUGACUGUUGACAAGUUUAUUUCCCUUUCCUAUAUUGUUCUGACCCCUCUUCUGAACCCUGUUAUAUACAGUCUAAGAAACAAAGAUCUCCAGUCUUCUAUGGUUAUAUACCUAAUGGCUUGUAUUAGGAAAAGUGUCUUGUAA